AUGGUGGAUGAUAAUGGAUCCUCUAUAACUGAUUUCAUCCUGGUGGGACUCUUCCCUGACUCUCAGCAUUCCAUUGUCCUCAAUUCUGUGACCAUCUUCAUCUACAUUCUUGCCUUCCUGGGAAAUAUACUUCUAAUUGCUUUGAUCUGGGGGGACUCCCGCCUUCAUACACCCAUGUACAUUCUCCUCAGUCAACUCUCCCUCAUUGACCUGACACUGACGUCUACUAUUGUCCCAAAGAUGGCAUCUAACUUUUUUACAGGGAAAAAGACCAUAUCAUGGAUUGGUUGUGGAACACAGAGUUUCUUCUUCCUGAUGCUGGGAAUGUCAGAGUGUCUCAUCCUGACUCUCAUGGCUUAUGACCGAUAUGUGGCUGUGUGCAAUCCACUGCGAUACCCUAGCAUCAUGAGCCCCAGGUUCUGUCUCCAGAUGGUUGCUGGCUGUUGGACUGGAGGGUCUAUAAGUUCAUUUAUCCAUACAGUCUACCCUAUGCAUUUCCCCAUCUGUGGGUCAAGGGAGAUCCACCACUUCUUCUGUGAAGUCCCAGUCCUCAUUAAGCUCUCCUGUGAAGAUACUUCGGUCUACCAGUUAGUUGUGGUGGUGACAAGCAUUGUACUGCUUGUUGUGCCUUUCAGUCUCAUCAUAGCUUCCUACACACUUAUCUUCCUCACUGUUUUCCGCAUGAAUUCUGUCAAGGGCAGGAAGAAAGUUCUAGCCACCUGCUCGUCCCACCUAACUGUGGUGAGUUUAUUCUUUGGUCCAAACAUAUUCAUCUACAUGUCUUUCACUUCUUCUCAUAGUCCUGAGCAGGACCAGGCUCUUUCUGUUUUCAGCAACAUCCUCACUCCCAUGCUAAAUCCCCUCAUCUACAGCCUGAGGAACAAAGAGGUGGUGGCAGCUCUCAGGAAAAUGAUGGGGAGAUGCAUGGUGUUUUACUAA